AGUAAUAGUACUCGAUGGACAUCAGAAAUGUACUCGUAGGGUGUGUCGGUUUGAAGAUGAAUAUAUGGAAAGUACUGAGCUUGGUCCCAUUCAAACUGGCUGCCAGUUUACACCAUCAUAUAAAUCCAAGUAUUGUGAAUUACAUCAACAUCUUGCAUCGAAAACAAACACUAGCUUUCACGAGGACAAUCUUAGUGACGUGUCUACAGAAUAUGAGUAUGAUUGCGAAGACCAGCAGUCAAUUGUACAAAAGGCUUCAUCAGCUACAAAAGCAACAAAAAAAAUAUCUGACAUGAAUAUCAGCAUAAGUGUGACCGAACCCAUGCAAACAUUUGAUAAAGAACAGGCAUCGGAGGAAAUUUUUACAAAUGAAUGUGAAACGUUAAAGUCAAAAAACGAAAGUAAAACCAAACAACGGCGGAGUUGUGGAGCUAUUGCAGCAGUAUUUAACUGUGGCAUUAUUUUCGGUUUAGCUGAAUUAUUUCGAUCUGAGUCUAUCAAACAAGUUUACCAAUUUAUGGCUAAUAUAUUUGAUGGAAGAGAAGAUUUAUUACCUAAUGUGGUCUGCUAUGAUGAUGCUUGCCAUCUUAGUCGUUUUUCAUGGAAUACCAAAAAGAAUGUAAAACAUGCAACGAAACCAUCACAAAAAUUAGCCCAAAUGGAUUUUACGGUUGAUAAGUUUCACAUUAAGAACCAUAAAGAUCCUUGGUGUCUUAAACAUAUGGACCCUUAUCAACAUCCAGCAGUAGAUACGGUCAAUACAGGAGCUUGUGAACAGAUCUUUCGAUGGAUGGCUCUCUAUAAAAAUAUUUUCCGUAGUUUAAACCAUUCUUGA